CAUGUAAGCCGCUGGACGGCCUGCGCCGCUGUCGCGACGUCGGUCGGUCGGUCGGCCGGCAGCGGCUGGCGCGCCUCGCCCGCGACCUGCGGCACCUCUUCUUUUUCCUCUGCCUGUCGGCCCACCCUGCGCCCGCGCGCGGGCGUUUCGCGCCCCACCCCCUCUCCGCUGACCCCCCGCCGGCGACGAUGCUGGACCGUGAGCGCGGCUGGAGCGUCUCGUUCGCCGGCUGCGGCUUCUUGGGCGUCUACCACAUCGGCGCAGCCACCUGCCUGCAGGAGCACGCCCCGCACAUCAUCCGCGACGCGCGGCACAUCUACGGGGCCUCAGCCGGGGCGCUAGCCGGCGCCGUGCUCGUCGGCGGCGGCUCUCUGGCUGAAGCUUGUGCAGAUGUUCUGGCAUUAGCUAAAGAAGCUAGAAAGCGAAAUCUUGGUCCCCUUCAUCCUUCUUUUAAUGUGAUAAAGAUAAUAAGGGAUGGACUAAUGAGAAAUCUUCCAGAAAACACACAUCAGUUGUCAUCAGGCCGGCUGUGUAUUUCACUAACCAGAGUCUCAGAUGGUAAAAAUGCAUUGAUAUCUAAUUUUAACUCUAAAGAAGAAGUUGUCCAGGCUUUAAUCUGCAGUUCAUUUGUUCCUAUUUAUUGUGGCCUAAUUCCACCAUCAUUUAGAGGUGUGCGCUAUGUGGAUGGAGGAAUCAGUGACAACUUGCCUCACUAUGAGUCUAAGACUACCAUCACAGUUUCACCUUUUGCUGGGGAGUGUGAUAUCUGUCCAAAAGGGAACUCUGCAAACUUCCAUGAAAUGAAUGUGACCAACACCAGCAUUCAGUUUAGUUUGGGGAACCUUUAUCGUUUAACACAAGCACUCUUUCCACCAGAACCUAAGGUACUAGGAGAGAUCUGUGAGCAAGGAUACUCAGAUGCUCUUAAAUUCUUAAGAGAGAAUGGUAUUCUGAGUGACUCAAUUUAUGUCACUUUGUCCUUCACAAAAAGAAGUCCUCAGGAAACUGUGCAGUGUGUUCACCUUACAAACAAGAAAACUAAGUUGGAAAAUGGAGCAGAAACUUUGAAAGCUGAAGUAGUUAAUAACCAGCUGAGACAAAAUCCGUGGCCUUUAGACAAGAGCAUAUUUGAGAGUCUUCCUCCCAGACUUCGUAAAGCACUGCAAGAAGCUUGUAAAGAACAGAGUGGAUUCUAUGCUCAGUUCUCUAAACUCUUCCCAAUGCGGGUCAUGUCCUAUCUGAUGCUGCCAUAUACGCUACCUGUGGAAUCUGCUUAUUCUGUUGCUUUACGGUUAGUAAACUGGUUUCCUGACAUUCCUGAUGAUGUUCGAUGGAUGCAAGAACAGCUUUGUCAGAUUGCUGGUGCAGUUUAUUCCAGGGCUAAAAGGAAGCUCUUCUGUGCAUUCAGGAAAGACAACUAUGCAUCACUAAGAAAAUGUCAAACUGCCCCUUCUACUGUGGAAUUUCAUUCUUCAUACUGUCAUCUUAAAACGCCUCACUCUUCUGCAGACCUUGAAACCUGGCUCUGGGACUCUUCAUACUUCAUGCACUCAACCAUGAAACAUGCUUCUGUUAACAUAAAGCAGCAUUCAGACUUGGAUUCCUAUCCUACUUUUCUCCCAAAUUCUGAUGAAUCUGGGUUGGAAAUAGAUUUUGACUCUUCCUCAGAGAACAGUUUUCAAACUGUUCCAGAAUAUUAGUUUGGAAAUAGUUUCCACAGCUUUCAAAAUUCCAAAUUGGCAGAUAUAUUCAAAUCCUAAAGGAUUAAAGCUCACUUUGUUUAUUGCCAAUAAGUCUUGGAAAACUCUUUGUUUACAGCUUCAUGACAAAUCUGCCUUUGGAAUUCUACUGUUCUAAGGAUUAUAAAAACAGUGGUUACUAUACUAAGUAACAAACUACACUUUUCUUAUGUCACCAGCAGAAUGAACCGUAGUAAGACAAACAGUGUCUCUCUGGAAAUAAAUCCACUUACAGUAUAAAAACUCUUUGAACAGCUUGUUAGACAAACAUUGAUAGCAAAUAGUAUUUUGAAACUAUAAUUCUUAACAAUAUUGUGUUACGAUUAUUUUUAUGGCACUUAAAUGAAAUUGGACCUGUACUUCAUAAAGGGAAUUACACAAAAGAGCUUUGUAA